GAGUACGUAAGACCGGUGCGCGGGAAGCUAAGUCGUGGAGAAGGUGAGAGGCGGAAGGUGUGACCGAUGAGACAUGGGGAAAGGCAAGAACCGUAGGAGGAGUGUUAAGGCCGGCCCGAGCAAGUCUUCCUCUGCGGUGGUGGUAGGGACACAAACAGCACCUGAACAAAACCAUAUCAUCGCUAUGGGAGAAACUUCGGCUCAGCAGAGGUACCAGAGGAAGGGAGGUGGUGCGAGACAAGGGACAGCAAACGGCUCCAGCAUGAUUGGAACCACCCCCACAUUGGAGGAGAGGCUGAUAGAGAAAAGUGAACGAGAGAGGCUGGUGGUGUGGAGACGGCCAGUGACCACCUUGCAUUACUUUGUUCGGGAGUGUGUCGUUCUGGGAGGGGAAUACAUGGUCAAGCUAUGGCAGUAUAAGAAGAUCGUGUUGUUAGUAGCCAUGGCUGUAGGCAGCUACUAUGCUGCCUACAGGACACCAGGCCCCCACCAACCUUUACUACAAAGUAUAGCCAAAGAGUUCUGGUGGUGCUGGUGGUGGGUGUGGCUUGGCAUCCUCUCGUCAGUGGGUCUGGGCACGGGGCUGCACACAUUCCUGCUUUAUCUGGGGCCCCACAUAGCCUCCGUCACCCUCGCAGCCUACUCCUGUAACUCUGUGGAAUUUCCUUCUCCUCCUUACCCUGAUGAUAUCAUGUGUCCUGAGGAGGAGGUGUUGGGGGAGAUGUCCAUCUUGACUAUAAUGUCAAAAGUUCGCCUUGAGGCCUUCAUGUGGGGUGCUGGCACAGCACUGGGUGAGCUGCCACCUUACUUCAUGGCACGAGGAGCACGGUUGUCUGGGUACGACCCAGACGAUGAGGAGAUGGCUGAGUUUGAGGAGCUACAGCGGUUGAAAGAGCGGCCUGAAGACAUGUCCUUCAUCGACCGUGCCAAGCUGUCUGUAGAAAAACUAGUGGAACGAGUUGGCUUCUUCGGUAUCCUGGCCUGUGCUUCGAUCCCCAAUCCACUGUUUGAUCUGGCUGGCAUUACCUGUGGUCACUUCCUGGUUCCAUUCUGGACCUUCUUUGGAGCUACACUUAUUGGUAAGGCCAUCAUCAAGAUGCACAUCCAGAAGAUGUUUGUCAUCAUUGCCUUCAAUGAGGCCUUGCUGGCUCGGGCUGUGGGAGUGCUAGCACUUCUCCCGAUGGUAGGGCCUAAACUGGAGCAGCCUUUUAAGACCUUCUUAGCGAAGCAGAAGAAAAAGUUUCAUCGCAAGCCAGGCUCUGAACCCUCAGGACAGGAUCGAGCGAACAUCUUAGCAUGGAUCUUUGAGAAGUUGAUUCUGCUGAUGAUCAUCUACUUUGUGUUGAGCAUAGUGAACUCCUUUGCUCAGAGCUACCACAAAAGGAUACACAAGCAGAAUCGUGAGCGAAAGGCAGCUCAGGAUUGAUGUACCAGAGAUUGGAGACUAUUUCUUGCAGAAGAUAUCCUUUUUCCAAACUGACUGCUGCAAGCACCUAGCAAGGAGUAAAGAAAAUGACCCUGCUGCAAGCACCUAGAAAGGAGUUGAAAGUGGUGACCCAUAUGCACAUUGGGUUGUUCUGGGAGCAUAAACCACAUGUUUCCAGUGUUUUCUUGUGUGAUAUAUGAAAUAAAGUAUGAUAGGACAUAUUGGUGCAAAAAGAUUACCAUUCCUCUGCAUUGUAGAAUAGUAAUUUACAACAGAGAGAAUAUAACAGGAAACAGCAUAUUAUUGUCUAGUGUUGCUUCAUAUGGCAAUGAAGUGUGGAAUGAAAGGAUCAUGAAAGAAUGUACUUGGUAGGAGAACCUCUGAGCUCCCAGCCACCAAAGAGGUCUGUGUCUGGUUUAGUGUAAAUAGUAUAAGUAAUAUAAUAGAAGGUAUAAGAGUAUUUAUACAAUUUUUAUAUGCCAUAUGAAGAUAAAUUAACUAGAUUAACACACACACACACACACAUAGUAUCUUGUAUUAACAUAUGAUGUUCUCAGGUUUGUACUACACUGCUACAGUUAUUGAUUAAAGUCUUGAGUGUUGAAGUGUGAUCCUGGCUUGGCAAAGUGUCCCUUGAGAGAGGAAACUGUAUGGUUAAUGUUUAGUGCAUUAUUUUGCAUGGCAAAUAUUUUAUGGUAAAGUAAUUUUGCACAACAAUCUGUUCCUGCACAUAAAUACUCCCGGGAUGUUUUAGUUUGAUGCAAUAUUCCCCAUCAGUCAAAUAUUCUAAAUCCUUUAAUAUGUUUUGUGAAAUCAAGCAUUCCUUUGAAGUCAUCACUAUUUUUGGGGUUUGUAUAUUAAUGCAGUAAUUUUAUGUUGUAGAUAUAAUUUUGUAAUUAAAAUUCAGCAGCUCAUUAUUUCUUUAUCCUGUUUUUGUUAGGCCAAGUUAUCAAAUGUAUUAGAAGAAAAAAAAUAAUGGAAGACUUAAAUAACUGGUUCCAACUUGUCUAUUUUUGUUAUCAACAUAGUAUAUUUCAAUUAAACAUUGUAUUCUCUACUUUCUUUCUUAGGUGAGAUGCCUAAAAAUCAGUGUGGAUAAUUGAUAAUUUUGACGUGUGACAUUGUGAUGCCCUAUUUUAGAAAAUAGCUCAAGUAAAAAAUGCAACAGUA